CGAUACAUUAUUGCGGUUCCUUCCUUCCUUCCUUCCUUUUUCUCUCUCUCUCUCGUUCCCUCUUUCUCUUUCCUUCCUUUUCUCUCUCUCCUUUUCUCCUUCCCUCUUUCUCCUUCCUUUUCUCUCUCUUUCUCUCCUUCUUUCCUUCCUGGGGGCGGCCAGCGUCUCAAUCAGCCCGGCCGGGCCCUCCUCCUUCCCCGCCCGGGCGAUGGCGGCGGCGGCGGCGGCGGCGGCGCGGCUGGCCCGGCAGGAGCGCGAGGUGCGGGGCUUGGCGGCCGAGGUGGUGCGGCUGAAGGAGGCCUCGGCCUGGGCGUCCCCCGAGCGGCCGGGCCCGGAGCUGCGGGCGCUGCGGGAGGAGAACGAGAAGCUGCGCUACCGUCUCCACCACCUCCGCCGCAGCCUCGCCGCCGAGCAGGGCCGCCAGGACCUUCUGGAGACAAAGACUGAAGAUGCCCUGAAAAAGCAGGAAAAGGAGCAGAAGACAGAGCCCCAAGCUGCAGAGGGGGGGCCAAAAGAGGAUCCGACCUUCAUCUGGAGCAGACUGGAGCUCUACAAAGAGCUGAAAAAAGAGAGCGAUGCGCUUCUGCAGUCCAGAGCAUCUGGACAGAGUCAGACAAUCCAAAUCACGCUGUCCGAUGGGAAGGUGAUGGGUGGACAGGCCUGGAAGACAACGCCAUACCAGGUGGCUGUCGACCUCAGCUGGGGAGUUGCUGACAGUGUCGUCAUUGCCAGAGUGAACGGGGAAUUGUGGGACCUUGACCGGCCGAUGGAAGGAGAUUCCACCUUGGAGCUGCUGACGUUUGAGAAUGAAGAUGCCCAGGCAGUUUAUUGGCAUUCCAGUGCCCACAUUCUGGGUGAAGCCAUGGAAAAUUAUUAUGGGGGAUGCUUAUGUUAUGGACCCCCUAUUGAGAAUGGCUUCUAUUAUGACAUGCACAUGGAAAACAGAGGGGUUUCCAGUACAGAGUUGCUCACUCUGGAGAACAUUUGCAAAAGCAUCAUCAAGGAGAAACAGCCCUUUGAAAGGCUCGAAGUCCGAAAAGAAGAUUUGCUGGAAAUGUUUAAAUAUAACAAGUUUAAAUGUCGGAUCCUGAAUGAGAAAAUCCACACACCGACCACAACUGUAUACAGGUGCGGUCCCUUGAUUGAUUUAUGCAGAGGUCCCCAUGUGAGACACACUGGAAAAAUAAAAGCCUUAAAGAUAAUUAAGAAUUCGUCGACCUAUUGGGAGGGGAAGUCCAACAUGGAAACCUUGCAACGGAUCUACGGAAUCUCUUUCCCAGAGGCCAAAAUGAUGAAGGAGUGGGAAAAAUUCCAGGAGGAAGCCAAAAAACGGGAUCACAGGAAAAUCGGCAAGGAACAAGAACUCUUCUUUUUCCAUGAUCUGAGCCCUGGAAGUUGUUUCUUUCUUCCCCGAGGAGCUUUUAUUUACAACACCCUCGUGGAAUUCAUCAAAGAAGAGUAUCAGCGGCGGAACUUCAUGGAAGUCGUUUCGCCCAAUAUCUACAACAGUAAACUUUGGGAAACUUCUGGCCACUGGCAGCAUUACAGCGAAAACAUGUUCUCAUUUGAGGCAGAAAAAGAAGUCUUUGUGCUGAAGCCCAUGAACUGUCCUGGACAUUGCCUGAUGUUUGCUCAUCGUCCUCGGUCUUGGAGGGAGAUGCCUCUGAGACUGGCUGAUUUUGGGGUGCUUCACCGUAACGAACUUUCGGGGACCCUUGGUGGUCUGACGCGGGUCCGACGCUUCCAACAAGACGAUGCCCACCUCUUCUGCACAAUGGAGCAGAUCGAGGAGGAGAUGAAAGGAUGCCUCCAUUUCCUGCAAUCUGUGUAUGCCGUCUUCGGGUUCACCUUCCAGUUACAUCUUUCCACCAGACCCAGCAACUUCCUAGGGGAGAAGAAGAUCUGGGAUCAGGCGGAGAAGCAACUUCAGAACAGCUUGGAUGACUUUGGGGAACCUUGGAAACUCAAUCCAGGUGAUGGAGCGUUUUACGGGCCGAAGAUUGACAUUACAAUCAAGGACGCUAUCGGACGAUACCACCAGUGUGCUACAAUCCAGCUGGACUUCCAGCUACCCGUCCGGUUUAAUCUGACUUAUGCUGGAUCGAACCCAGAUGAAAAGGGCAGCAAGAACGAAGUCGGAACGUGUUCGUUUGUCUCGCUUUUCAGAAAAGAUGGCAAUGACAAGACGAGGCCCGUGAUCAUCCACCGAGCAAUUCUGGGCUCCGUGGAGCGGAUGAUGGCUAUCCUGGCAGAAAACUACAGUGGAAAAUGGCCUUUUUGGCUCUCCCCUCAGCAAGUCAUGGUGGUUCCCGUUGGCCCCACCUGCGAAGAAUAUGCCCGCCAGGUCUGCAAUGCAGCUUCUGAAGCUGGACUUAUGGCUGCUGUUGAUUUGGAUCAGAGCUCCACGUUGAAUAAGAAAAUAAGAAAUGCACAGCUGGCUCAGUAUAAUUUCAUUUUUGUGGUUGGAGAGAAGGAGAAAGCAGGCGGUGCCGUGAACGUGCGGACCCGGGACAACAAGAUUCACGGAGAAGUUUUGGUUUCUUCCGCCCUUGAGAAACUACAGAGGUUGAAAGCCUCCCGUACUUUACACGCAGAGGAAGAAUUCUAGUUGUCGCCAACAAAGGACGAAGAAAACUGGCCACCUCCUGAUUGUGGUAUACUUGGAGCUAAGUUUCAUUCAGUUGAUUGAGCCUUGUACUUUCUGGAAACCCAGAAAGGUGGGAGUGCAGCCUUGGAUGACUUGCCCUUGUCUGGCGUUGCAACAUUUCUAGUCACUGAAAGUUGGUGGAUGGCAGUUUUCUUGAAAUACAGUGAAAAGUUGAAACCA